ACGUUACUAUUGAUCGGAGCAUUUCGUCCGAUGGUCGCCUCAGAAUACCACGAACGGUCCGCACGCCGUAAAUAUUCGUUCAGUGCGUCGUGGCCGAGUAACUUACGCGGAUAAAAGCGUCCAAAUAGACGAAGGAAAACGUGGCCGAACAUGGUCGGAGGAGUGACGGAAGACGGACCUGUGAUUCGACCCGUCGAUUUCGUGUCGACGACGACCGUAGUCGCACUAUGUAUAGGAGCCGUUUUCCUACUUUGCGCCGUCGCCAUGACCUGGUGGCUUUGUCGACGACGUCGUGAACACACCAAGCUGAACUCCGACAAGUCCCUGGCGUUCAGGCCGCCCCACAGAAAACCGACGGCAGUUAAAAGUCCCGGUAGUACCAGCCACUACCUGAAGAAGAGUCCCAGCCCGACCGGACUAGCCAAGAGUCCUCCUGGUUCAGGUGGACAGACGCCCAGCCCGACCGGAUCCCAAUCGUCGAAUCCUGGAUCACAGCCAAGAACACCUCAGGGUACAGGCACCCCGGCUCAGACACCUUCUGGCGAGGUUACUCUAAGCAUCGAGAAUGAACGGGACAAGGCGGAAAUUGAGAACAAUGAGAAAACAGAACGUGAAAAGAACCACGGAACAGAGAAUAACAAAGGCGAUAUGGGUCAAUUGGUAUUCAAAUUGCGGUACGUAAACGAACAAAAUGCACUUGGAGUGACAGUGGUGAACUGCAAGGGUCUACCUGCGAGAGCUACCAGCGAUCCUUACGUGAAAUUGAAGUUGUUGCCGGAUAAACAACACCAGGCGAAGACCAGGGUACUCAGAAACACCAGAGACCCCGUCUAUGAUGAAGAUUUCACGUUCUUUGGAAUAUCGAAGGACCAGCUUCAGAAAAUCAGUUUGCACUUUAUAGUGCUCAGCUUCGAUAGAUAUUCUCGGGACGAUAUUAUCGGUGAACUGACAUGUGCACUUUCAUCAGUGCCCGAUUUGGAGAACGCUGAUAACCAGGAGAUAUCAUUGUGUCGAAAAAUAUGCCCUAGGAGUCUAAAGAUUCAAUCACAAGGCAGGGGUGAACUGCUAGUCUCCCUUUGUUGGCAACCGAUCAACAGCCGGUUGACGGUGGUUGUGCUGAAGGCGCAGAAUUUACCGAAGAUGGACGUGACUGGGCUGGCAGAUCCAUACGUCAAGAUCUAUCUUUUGUAUAACUCUCAGCGCAUAGCGAAGAGGAAGACGCGCGUGAAGAAACGCACCCUUAGUCCGGUCUUUAACGAAUCAUUUGGCUUUGACAUCCCGAACGGUGCUGAUGGUCUUAACAACGUCAGCCUCGAGUUUAUGCUGAUCGAUUGGGAUCGCGUUACAAGAAACGAGGUGAUUGGACGACUCGAAUUCGGUGGACCGAAUUGUCAAGGAUCCGCUCUGAAUCAUUGGAGGGAAGUUUGUAGCUCACCGCAGAGGCAGAUCGCCGAUUGGCACAAAUUAAGGGAGUAAAACUAGUCUCUCCCAGCCCUGUCAACUUUCCUAGAAUCCCGUCUCCAACUAUCCAAAUGCCCCACGUCCUUCUCCAUUGCGAAACCACUGAUUCACCCCUUGAAACCCUACGAUGAAGUAGGGUAUCUGUUUUGUAAACCUAAUACUCGAUGUAUAUUAGGCUUGAAACGAGUGGCGGCACGUCCACCCGCGAUCGAUGCCACUGCGUAUACACCGUGUGAAAUGUUACUGUCUAAUACUGUCUAGUAGUCGUCUAACCGUGUUACGUGUCGGCAUUGUCGGUACGAGACGUGCACUACGAAGAGCUACUUCUGAUUAUCCGAUCAAUUUUGAACGCAGUUCGACUCGAUAGCGAAACCACACCUGUUUUUCGUUUGGAUACCGAACGAAUUGAGAUUAUCAAUCUUCCUCGUCAGUUCGAAUUCAUUGCGUAAGUUUUAAGCUUUCGUAUUUUAAGUUUUAAGAUUUUCACGUAACAGAAACACACAAAAUAAUGCUCACUCCUCUGGAGAUGAUAUUGAUAGAGCUAUGGAUUUAUACUAUUCAGAGAAACAAUUAUUCGCUGAAAAAGAUAAUGGACAGUGAUGAUAAAUUCAGGAUCAUUGAUUUCGUUCGAGCAAAUCGAGUUAGAUCGUUCACUCUUCGAACGUAGAUCGCGUCUUCGUUGAUCGCAGUGACAAACGAUCGCGGGAGAAACGCAUACAAAAUGCUUUACGAUAUAAAUAUAGUUGUUAAGAUUUCCGACCAGGUGGCAAAGGGAGGAGGAAAAUGAAACAGUAAAAUACAAAGCUAAUUUGCCGAUUAUUGAACAUUGCUGCACAGGGUCGUACUAUAGAAAAUCAAUGCUUUUAAUCGAAAAGUUGAAAGAAGAAUUCUUGAUACUUAAGUGUAUCUCGAAUUCCAUGCAAAACCUUUGGUUUCUAAUAUUUUAUAAUGCAUGUAGUUUGAUUUGAAAAAAUCAAAUUCGAAUAUUUUAUCAGCAAUUAAUAAAACUCUCACUAAAGUAUAGUACAUGAAAAUUUAUCUUAAUCUUUCAUUUAUCUACUUUUCAAUUUUGGUCAUUGACUUCAAUGAUAAAAGCUUAAAACUGAUCUACGUGAAUGUUUACGGAGGACCUUGUUUCGAACAAUAUAUUUGUAUUUUACGAAAGAAGAAUGUUUCAAUGAAAAUUUGUUACAGUUUAAAAAUAACGUUUGUAUUCCAUUUAACUGAUUUGGUUCUUUUUUAAUGCAAACAAACGUGCUGCGAAAAUUUCGCACGACCCUGUCAGAUCACAAAAACCAUCGGUUUUGGUGAAGUUAAUGUGAAUUAAUCGUAAAAAGAAUAUCGAAAAUCACGCGACACACUCGCAACUGUGUUUAUCUCGUUCGUUGUGUAAAUGCAAGAAUCUCUCCAAAAUGUUCGUCGAACAACAAAUUACGAUAAUCGGGAGCAAUCUUUUAAUAUGAUUUUCAGUCAGUCUCUACUCUUAGGGAAAGAGAAAAGAAAAGGAAAACAAGAGAGAGGAAGAUAUAGUGGAAAAGAGAAAAUAGAAUAUUUAGUUUUGCUUCGAUUGCUAUUUCUUAAUAUUUAUAAUACACAGAAUUCGGAGAAUUAAUAGAACUCUCCAAAGAGAUAUAUAUAUAUAUAUAUAUUAAUAGAUAAACGAAUAGAAUACGGUUUUGGAGCGAUUCUUGUAUAAAACGUAUGCAAACACCGGAAGACGUGGAGAUGAUACCGCUAAUAUCAAAAGCAUUGAUCUACUUAAAAACAAUAAUACGCAUAUUCGUUCCUGUUCCAAAAUUCUCUAACUCCACGUCAACUGGCCGAACGACAAUUAUAACUCGAUAAUUAAUAAUAAGGAAAGUUACGAUCGCUGGUGAAUACAGAUUUCAGCGUCGACUUUUCGGAAUAUCGAAAAACUUCAAAUAAAAAUGCUUCUCCUCGAGAUAAAAUUCUUGGAGAACAUUGAAUAAGAUUCUUGACGUGCUCCGGGAAAAAGCACUGUAACAAAUGCAUAGGAGGGAAGACACAGUAUUGCUAUAAAAGCUUCAUGGUGCAUUGAAUUAUUGAAUUAUCAUUAUUGUUGAAUUACUUACGUUAUAUUUGUUGCAAAUUUUCAUUUCUUUCAAAUACAUAUAUGAUUGCCCUUACUUGCUUUAACGAAAGCGAAGCAUUUUCUUCGUGUCAUUAAUAAUUGUGGAACGGGGUCGAGGAAUUGUGACGUUGUUUUGAAGUGCCAACGGAGACCGCUUCGCGAUUGUAAAUAUGUAAUUUACGUUUAAAUGAAGGGGGGAAAAAGAAUGAUACGAUGCUCUUUAUUUAGUUACGACGAACCCAUUGUGGUUUCAAUUGCGAUUAAUGAAAAAAUUAGAAUUUAUGACUAUAGUUUAUGAAAAGAUUCCAUUUACACAGAGUGCAACAAGAGAUCAACCAUUAAGUAGUGGAUCUUGUUGAAAUGUUUCCAGUAAUAGUCGAUUAUUGUUGAAAUGGUAGUAAAGAUAGCAAAACACCGCUUUCAACGAAUGAAAGUAUUGUCGACUCUGCUUUACACUAUUUAAUUAAAUAUAUUACUUUGAAAAUGAAGAUUUGUUACUUAGCAGUGUAUUGAUGUACCUAUUGUUAUCAAUAGAGGAUUAUUUUUAUUCUAUUAUCGUUGUACGUCUGAAUUAUUUGACAAACUUAGAUAUAUACGUAAGGGUACGAUUAAAAACGAUCCUAUAAUUCUUUAGAAGGGAAGUUAAUAGCUUCUUAAUCUGUUUCACCGGAGAGUAAAUUAAUGUAGAUAAAUAUGCACGCGAGAUAUCGGCAAUCGAUACAAUGAAUUUAAAUCGUAUAAGAAUGAGGAGUUUCUGUUUAAAGGCCCCGUUCGCAUGUGCCGCAAAUACAACACUGCAAUGAAUAACGAAUAUCGAUUAAGUAUUAUGGUAGGCUCGAAUUCACCGAAACUUUAAAGUUACUUUAAACUUGAGAUAACCUUUAACAUACGGAACUUAUACACGUGGAUCAAUUAUGAGAAUAUCAGCUUUGUGACUAAACUGUAAAGUACACUAGAUUACUGCAGCAUAACCGACCACUGCGAAUUACGAAAUAUUUGCUAUGUUUGGAACAUUUUUUCUGACGAUGUGUUUAACGAAACAUAGCGAGAGUCUCACGGUGAACGCAACAGAAAUGUUCCUAGAAAGUAAUCACGCAUAACUCGAUUAAGCGAAUAUUUUUAAUGUAUCGAACGUUUGAUGAAAGGCAGAGCAACGUUUUUCAAUGCAAAGUUACAAAAGUUUCACAUUUUAGACAUUAUACAUUUCAAAAUAUAAUUUGUAGGUUAUUGACAAACUUACAGUAAGUCCGACCUAGAUUGCAAUUUCAUUCAAUAAAUCUCGUUUACUUAUUCCGUUACCUCGAUUUAAUUCAGAUCCAAAGUUUAGAAAGUUCCAGUUCCAAGUAAGUCGGCGUUAAUAUAUUUCUUGUUUAUGUAAAAGCAGGACAACCAACCACGUGAUGUUGCAUUUCAUGAUGAAUGUCGAAAUAAUGAAAUUGUAAUACAGAUGCACUCGUAAAGUUAUAAAUAUCAAUGAAAGUGUUAAAUAACAUGCAUACGAAGUAUAAGUGAAAGCGAAAAUAAGUCACAUAAUUAUUUAACCGAAAAAGGGAAUUUGAAACACGUAGAUCGAAUCAAGCAAGGCGUGAAUGAAAUUUAUUGGCUUUUAUGGAAGUUUGAAUUCGUUAAUGACGUGAUAUACCAGAACGGAAUAAAAAGCACCGCCACAGAGGGUCAAAUUAAACCAAGCAAAAAUGCAAUCUGUAUUUCCUGUUCGUAAAAGGAAAGCGCCUGACGUGUAAAACGUUUAAAUACAUAUGCGUGUCAGUCGGUAACUGGUAAGAUAUAAAGCGAUUGCUUAUUUUUUUAUCGUAACUUUUCGCUCCAUCGUCCUUCCUUUGCGAAAGAUGCAAUGGCAAGACCAGAAAGAGAGCUGCUAAGGCAAAGGGAGAAACCGAUUCUUUGCAAAAGAGGAAGAUGCAACGACAAAAUGUGGGCAUAGAUCAGCACCAAUAAAAAACGAAAGUAACAACAGAUACAUCGUAAUAUAUCACAAAAAAAUUCAAAAAAUACACCGAAUACAUAAAUUUUCGUAAUUAAAUAUAGUAGAAAGAAAAGAGAGAAACCAGAAGAUCGGUACUAUUGCGCACCAUGGUGGAACGAAAGAUAAAAAUAAAACUGAAUUAUACGAUCGAGAGUUUCAGGAUAUUUAUUUAAUUGCUAUACAAUUACAAAUACAACUAUAUAAGAAACGACUAUAAUAAGUAGCACGUAGUAAAACAUCUCAUAAAUAUCAUCUGUCGUUCUCCUUGAGCUUACUAUUAAUCGUUCGACGAUUUUCGAAUAAGACAGCGAUUUACCAAUGCGAAAACCCAGCUUCGUGAGAUCGACAGAUGCGAUGUAACAUAAUGAACGUCGGUAUGGAAUGCUGGAAAAUCACCGUUCUUGUCACAGUUCCUUUCAUCGUUUUUCUUCUUUUAUUUGUCGAUAAUUUCGCGGUUAUGGACAUUACAACAACGAUUUUUUGUAUUGAGAUUUACGAUGUAGUUGAUAGUCGUUUACGGAAUAUAGAAAAGAGAUUCAUUUCAAUUGUUUAGAAUCCAACCCUUCCCUGUUUUCCAAUAAUGUAUAAUAAGUGAAUUUAUCAUACAUAUUUAAAUGCAAUGAGUCGCUUAAAAAUUAUUUUCUAAUUCGUCAUAUAUCGAUAUAAUUUAUUAUUUUCCAAUAUUUUCUGUUUUAUAUGUAUGUUUCAGAACAUAUUUGUCGCUUGGUCCAUAAUUUUUAUGAGACAUAACUGUCGAUAUAAUAAUUUUGACAACGAUAAACUUUUUAUUGUUCAAUAAAACUUUAUAAUAUAAUAAUUACACUUCUCAACGUAUAAUUUAAAUUUGAGGUGUAUACAUAUGUAAAAAAAAGAUUAUAUACUAAAAAUAAUUUACUGUAUUAAUAUAUUGAAAAACGUUUCAUUUGACAUUAAAACAGCCUGACAUUUUUUACAAAAGCAAAUACUUACAUGCGGUGGGACAAUAAUUAACAUCGUGUAAGUUGGAAAUGCAGUAAAAGAUGCGUAAAUAAUUUAAACAUUUUAUUUAUUCCUAGAUUAAUUUAUUUAUAAUUAAUAUAUUUAUUUAUGAAUUAAUUCUAUAUUAUACCUUAAAUAUCGUAUAUUUUCAACUUAAUAAAUUAAUAAGAAUCUUUUGCAAAAUAAGUUUUCAAUACUAUUUCGCAAAAAUAAUUUGAAAUAAUUCAUGACUUCCGUAUCAUGCUUCAUAUUGCAACGCCAGAUUAAACAAACUACACAUAACUCAUAAGUUAUGUAAUAAGCUACUUUUAUGUAUAAACUCUUUAACAAUAUGAAUAACCACAAUAAGAAGUAUUUUAUUUUUGUGAUAAUUUUUAUAUUGGAAAAGAUAAUAUAAAUUUUCUACUUUGUUUCUAUUUCGUCCUCUUUCUUUUUGUUUUCAUCUUUCUCUUCAGAUCAUUUUAAUGUUGUGUUUUAAAUGAUGCAAUCAAUCGGCAGUUAUAAAUAAACUGUACUUCUUGAAAUAAAAAUAUCUAACCGCACCUUUAAUAUUUACAAAAGCUAAUGGCACUUAUAAACGAUUCAUAAAUAUACACACAUAUAAAUACCAAUAAACUUUAAUAAAUUAAUACAACAUAACCACUAAUAUUUAAAAAAAGUUGUUUGAAAAAAUGGUAUAAAAAAUAAUUCGUGAAGAAAAAUGUUAACAGAGAAACUAUGCCACUACACAUAUCAGUUUACAUAAACUUAAAAUUAUAGAUCUACAAUUUAUACGAUUGUAAUAUUUUCGCAUACAUAUAUUUUUACUAUAUCAAUGUUUUUUAAUCCAAUAUUAAUUUAGAUGUAUUUAUAAUUUUAGUUUAUUAUUCGACUCUUCUUGUAAACAAACGAUUUCUACACAGAAAUUAAUAUGCGAUAACGUGACAAGACACGUCAAGCGAUUUAGAAAAAAAAAAUAAGAAAGAAAUGUAGACACUUUUAAUAUAUAAUGUUAUUAAUAUUUUUCUUCACGAAUAAAACUUGCGGUAUAAUAGUUAUACUUAAUACAGAGUUUGCAAUUAAUGAUAAGCCUUGACAAGAAAUCGGUGCUUUUCGAACAUUCCGCAUAUCAUGUACGCGUAUAGACAUGGCGUAUAAUGACAUGUGUACGGUCAGAUUUUAAGGCUGUGUGGUCAAUAAAAUAAUGAAACGAGAUAA